CGUACAAGGCGGAAUCAGCCGCCACAUCCUCCGGCCUUCUGGGUAAUGUAGUUUCUGGAGGGAGGCGCUCAGCCUUGAUUUCUCCAGUCGUGGAGCCCACCUGAGCGGACCCCAGGCUGGGCCAGCCAAGCAGGUGCUGUCCGCGGGGCCAGAGGCUCUGAGGAUGUCUGUGGUGUCCCGGAAACCCAAGACGUUCAAGCUGCGGGCCCUGCUCAGCCAGAAGAAGUUUGGGGUGGCAGGCAGGAGCUGCGAGGAAGUGCUGCGGAAGGGGUGCCUCCACUUACAGCUCCCUGUGCCCGGCUCCCGCCUGUGCCUCUAUGAGGACGGCACGGAGGUGACUGAAGAUUACUUCUGGAGCAUCCCCGACGACUCGGAGCUAGUGCUUCUCACCACGGGCCAGACCUGGCAGGGCUAUGUGAGUGACAUCAGCCACUUCCUGAGCGUGUUCCAGAAGCCGCAUGCUGGGGUGAUCCAGGCUGCCCGGCAGCUGCUGUCCGACGAGCGGGCCCCGCUGCGGCAGAAGCUCCUGGCCGACCUCCUGGGCACCGUCAGCGAGAACAUCGCGGCGGAGACCAGAGCCGAGGACCCGCCGUGGUUUGAAGGUCUGGAGGCCCGAUUUAGGAGUAAGUCUGCCUACCUGAGGUACAGCUGCGAGAGCCGGAUCCGGAGCUACCUGAGAGAGGUGACCUCAUGCGCCUCCUUGGUCAGUGUGGCGGCUCGGGAGGAGUACCUGCAGGUCGUGGGUGCCAUGUGCCAGGAGCUCCAGGCUGCGCGGUACAAUGGCAGCUACUUUGACCGGGGGGCUAAGGCAGGCCGCCGGCUCUGCACGCCCGAAGGCUGGUUCUCCUGCCAGGGUCCUUUCGACACGGACGACUGUGCCUCCAGACACUCCAUCAACCCCUACGGGAACAGGGAGAGCCGCAUCCUCUUUAGCACCUGGAACCUGGACCACAUAAUAGAGAAGAAGCGCACAGUGGUCCCCACGCUGGCUGCAGCCGUCGGCGACGCGGAGGGGAGGGCGGUGGACUGGAAGUACUUCUACAGCCUGCUCUUCACCUUGGACAACCUCAAGCUGGUCCAUGUCGCCUGCCACAAGAAGACCACGCACAGACUCCGCUGUGACCCCAGCAGGAUCUACUGCGCCCAGGCGGCGCCCAGGAGGAAGCGGCCCAUUCACCGGCGCCGGUGACGUGGCCCUGGGCAGCGCGUGCCACCUUCUGACAGGUGCUGCUUUUUUUGGCCACUGGAAAAAAAAAACCUUGAAAAAGGCUUCCCACAAAUUCUGGUUUCGGCAGCUUUCUGCCGCUGUUUUCUGCACCCCUGCGAGCCCAGGGGACAAGUCUGGUGGCUCCCGGGACGCCCGGGGUCAGGAGCAGCCUGGCCCCUGUGUGCAUGGGUGUAGUGUCCUCGCUCAGGAGGCUCCCAGGCUUUGGGGACUUGUGUGUUUCGGCCCCAGCCCCGCUCUCCACUCCCAGGCAAAGGCCUCUCCUCAACGCACCGAAGAGUUGUGACCCUUUUGGGGUAAAAUACAAGGAUGUUCGCUGCUGUAUUGUUUAUAACAGCAAAAAGCGGGACAACCUCCCCCUGUCUGUCCAGGGGAACGGCCGAUGGUGGCUGAACUAUGGGAAACUGCUGUGCGUGUGGGUUGAAGGUGGCCAGUUGUCAUUAAUUUCUGGAUUCAGUCCUACAUCUAUGCCAUGCAGAACUCUGUAACAGUUUCAGGCAUUUAGGUGAGAAAUGGGGGGCCCGCUGUUAGGGGCACAAGGCAGGCAGCUUGGCCAGGCCAGGGUGAUCCAGGUGUUUGUCACACGUACGUGCUGUUGGUGCAGAGACAGGAAGGGGGGAUGCCCCGCGUGGGAACAGCAGGCACGGGGGUGGGGGGUGCGGCAUGACUGGAUUACAAAGGAUCAUUUUCUCAAUCAUGCAUUUUCUACUACUUGAAGUUUCUGAAAUGAGCAUUUCAUAAUUUAAAAAAUUAAAGUCAUAUUUUGUCAUAUUUGAAUUUUUGCCUUUAUUGUAUAAUCACAAUAAGCAAUAAAAAGUUUUAAAACACA